AUGCCACUCCCACGGAGUCGAAAAAAUCAGCAUAGGGUCGUGCGGUGGAGCAACAGUCACCAAGGCAUUGAGCAAAACUUCGGUCAAGCUGGAACUACACAGGGCACUGCCGUAGAAAUUGACGUCCUGCAAACGCAGCAAAUAUGCGCCAACGUACUUCCUGCCAUCGGUCAAGAGCAUCUCAAGGGCACUUUCCUACUUGAGGAAGCAUCGAAUGUCACCACAGCAGAUCAAGAACUUCCUAUCUCCAUUCUCAUUGGGACCGAGUGGUACUGGAGACUCGUGCAAGAUGACAUCAGGAGAAUUAAUGAUGAUUUAGUCUGUGUCCCCACCGAAUUAGGAUGGUUUAUGCAUGGCGUUGUAAACGACACGAUGAAUUCUCAAGCCCAGGAGCAAGCUGUAAUCGUCUGUGUCCGGCAAGGCCUGCAACGUCAAUUCAUUAACAACAUUUGGGGUCCAGAGGACGAAGCCGAUUACGACGACAAAACCGCAGGUGAGGUAUUGAACAGGUUUAAUAGUACAGUCAGGAACGUCAACGGAAGGUACGAAGUACGGCUACCUUGGAAAGACGACAUAGACCUUGUAACAAAUGAACGAAACGCACGGAAAAGACUUAAAGGUUUGACGGACCGUUUACUUCGUACGCCCGACCUGCUCAAGACGUAUGAUGAUGCUAUCCGCAAAUAUCUAAUUGACGGCGUCGCAGAAAAGGUGCCAGAGAACGAAUACAAUCCCGAUCAAGUUAAUAGACCAGUGUACUACUUACCUCACCACGCGGUCAUUCGCACGGACCGCAUUACAACGGAAUGUCGUAUCGUGUUUGACGCUUCCGCUCAUGAAACUCAAGAGAUCAGCUUGAACGAGAAUCUUCACAUCGGACCCAAUAUGAACCCGAAUGUAAGCGUUCUCCUACUGAGAUUUAGGCUACAUACUGUUGCUUUUACUGCCGACAUAGAAAAGGCAUUCCUCCACAUACUCAUCCACAAAAGAGACCGAGAUGCCCUGCGAUUCCUCUGGUAUCAAGCUAUGCCCACAGGAGUGGACGAUAAGUUGGAAAUAUGGCGAAUGACGAGAGUCACAUUCGGGACCGGUACUAGCACAUUCCUGUUGGCGGCGACAUUGAAGAAACUGCUGAGAGAGUCCGAAGUAGACUAUCCGGAAACAACAAGACUGUUGAAAGAUUGUACCUAUGUCGAUGAUUUUAUAUCUGGUGCUGACUGCGAGGAAGCCGCUAUCAACGUGUACAACGAGGUGAAGAAUAUAAUGCAGAAGGGACCCCAAUGCAGGGGUCCCAAGUAA